AUGGCGGGAAGUAAGUUAGACCUUCCGGAGGAUCUCAUUACAUCCAAGCUGCCCGAAAAAUCGUGGACUCCGGAAGCUUCACUGGGAAAUGAUGAAGACAGGGAAUUGUCUGGAUUACUGGAUGAAUCAAAGGAUCAAGCAGUGUGUGAGAGCAUUCCAUUGUCUCCGCAAUGGCUGUAUGCUAAGCCAAAUGAGUCUAAACUGGAAACCCGAGGGCCAAGCUCUCUUUCUCUUGGUAGUUCUGCAGAUGUGAACCAGAAUGAGGUUUGGCGUUCUGAUGCGACUGAAGAAAGAAAGGACUGGAGAAAAGUUGCUCCUGAAACUGACGGUGUACGCCGCUGGCGUGAAGAAGAAAGGGAAACUGGAUUACUUGGUCGAAGGGAUCGCAGGAAGAUGGAGAGACGUGUUGACAAUGCUCCAGCGAGAGAACACACUGACAAUAGAUCUUUGCCUGCUGCUGAAAGGUGGCAUGAUGCUAGCGGUCGCAAUUCUGGGAAUGAAACUAAGCGUGACAGCAAAUGGUCUUUAAGGUGGGGUCCUGAUGACAAAGAAAAAGAUACUCGGUUGGAGAGAAAAAUGGAGAUGGAGAAGGAAGAGUCACAGACUGAAACUCAACCAUUUGUUUCGAGUAAUCGGUCUGUUCCUGAGCGUGAUUCAGAUUCUCGUGAUAAGUGGAGGCCGCGACACAGGAUGGAUGGAAAUCCAGGCGGGUCGGGUUACCGUGUUGCACCAGGGUUUGGAAAUGAAAAGGGACGAGUCGAGGGCUCAAAUGUGGGCUUUGCUGUAGGGCGUGGUAGGUCAAGAGUUUCUGUCGUAAGAUCUACGUCUGCAGGUCCGAUUGGUGACCCUGAAUAUGAAAAGAUUGGAAAUGUUCUGGGGAAACCAGCCCUACUUGUUGGAACAUUUGUUUACCCUAGGGGAAAACUUCUCGAUGUAUAUCGUAAGCAAAAGCUGGAUUCUUCUCUUUCCCACAUGCCUGAAAAUUUUGAGAAAGUACCCCCUAUAACUCAACUGGAGGCUGUUGAGCCUUUAGCUUUUGUUGCUCCUGAUGCUGAGCAGAAGGCCAUCUUGAAUGACAUAUGGAAGGGUAAAUUAACAAGCAGUGGAGCAUCAUACAGUUCAUUUAAGAAGAGCAGGUCCACGGAAAAUGUUUCAGAAUUGGGGGACAUUGAAUUUUUUGAGGGAAGGCAAGCAUCCUUCUCAGUUGAUGUCGGUGAAGAGGUGCAUAACUUUCAGAAAACAUCAGUUGAUAUCCAUGAAUGUGGUGAUAGCAUCUUGUACCAUAGUUCACCGAGAAAAGAGAAAUCUGCUGGCCAUGAAGACAAAUAUGAGGCUCCGGUGGCUAUGAUUGGAAACGAACUGGGUAGUAGCUUGCACACUUUUAAUGGUGCUCAAUUUGAUGCCUUUCAGCUCAAAGGAGCAAAUUCUGCAGUUAAGCAGGAUACCUUAUUUGACAGUGUCAAUUCUGCCAUGUUAUUUGAUGUUAAUAAUAAUCUUCUGGGUGAUGGGAACUCUGUGCCUACAUCUGGGAAACAUUUCGAUGGUCAGCGACCCAAGAUAAGUAGUGGAAGAAAUGAAUAUCAGCUGCAUGUAAGAAUCCCCCCGGAGGAACUAAGUUUAUAUUAUCGGGAUCCGCAAGGAGAGAUCCAGGGUCCUUUUCUUGGUGUAGACAUCAUUUCAUGGUUUGAGCAAGGAUUUUUUGGGACUGAUUUACCUGUACGUUUGGAAGAUGCCCCUGAUCAGGCACCUUUCCAAGAAUUGGGAGAUGUGAUGCCUCAUUUGACAUUUCGAAAUGAGUACGAUAGUGGAACUGAUUUAAGUUCCAAUAUAGAGAAAUCUGCAGUGAUGGAGGCUACACUGGAAACAUUACAUUCUGAUCCUGUUCUUGAAAGGGGUCCUUCCAAUGUAAUGAAUGGCUCUGGCUGGCAGUUGUCUGAUUUUGAUGCUGACCCUCCACAGCAAGCUCAACCCAGAGGAAGUGAAAAUCAACGUCAACCAUCACAAUACUUGUACUCCCAGGGAGAAAACUCUCAUGAUUUUGGUCCGCUGGAUGAAGAAAUUGUGUUUCCUGGAAGACCUGGAAGUGGUAGCACUGCCAUAGAAAAGAUGCCCAGAGAAUAUGGUGAACUUGCUACAAAUUGUGGCAACCAAUCUUAUCUUAAUAACGAAAUGACAGAUUCUGGUGGCUAUAAUAAAAAAGAUAGUGAGAUGCAUCCUCUUGGUUUGUUAUGGUCUGAGCUUGAGAGCACAUACUCGAGCAAUGAUCAGACACCCACACGCAACGGGGCCGGACCGGAUAAAUUUGUAAACCCUGUUUCUGGAAGCCUUGCUCCUUUGGGUAAGCCAAAUCAUGCCCCUGAGGAAUGGAGUGAUACUUAUAGCUGCAGUGCACUUUCAGACUCCAACUUGUACCACGACAUUAACGAUGCUGGACAUCCUUCAAGAUUGAACCAAGAAUACAGCCAUUAUGAUUUAGCAGAGAAGCUGUUGCCGCAACAACUUCAGCAGCAGCAUCUUCAGCCACAUAACGUGAUGUUAUCCAACAAUAGAAACUUGAAUGAAGCGAUGUAUGAUGGGGGGUCCAUUCUGAAAUUGAUGCACCACAAGCAGCUGGCCAGUCAAUCAGGGCAAAAUAUGGAACACAUUUUGGCCAUUCAGUUGCAACAACAGAGGCAGAUGCAACUUCAACAGCAGCAACUGCAGCAACAGCAGUUCCAUCAACAGCAAAUGCUGUUGAAAGAGCAACAGCAGUCUCAGGCCAGGCAAGUUUUUCUUGAGCAGCUACUGCAAAGUCAAAUGCGAGACUCUGUUCGUGGGCAGUCUCGUCUUGAGGCUCUUAGAUCCAGUGCUGCUCUUGAGCAGGUGAUACUGAAUCAACAAAUCCUGAAUGAGCUGCAGCCGCUUUCCCAAUAUCCUCGGCAUUUGGAUCCAUCUGUUGAACAGCUAAUUCAAGCAAAAUUUGGUCAAAUGCUCCAUGAAGAGCAUCACAAUGAUUUGUUGGAGUGUUUAUCUCGUGGAAGGCAUGGUCAGGUCCACUCCCUCGAUCAACAGAUUAUUCAGCAAAAUCAGCUGCAUGGGAGGCAACAGUUACCGGUGGGGCUGAGACAGCGACUGGAUAUGGAAGAAGAAAGGAAUAUCAAUCCUGGAUGGUCACAUGAUGAAGCAGGUCAGUUCCAUGGGAAUCCUGCUUCUCAUAGAGCUAUAUCUGCUGGGUUUGGACAUUUGGACUUUUAUUCCCAGAAAAUGCCAUCUUCCGAGGAGCAUCUCAGUCAUCUUGAUAGGAAUCAUUCAGUACAAGAUAGACUUCAACAUGGUCUUCUUGACCAGAGCAUGUUACCUUUCGAGCGUUCUAUGUCGUUGCCUGUGGAUGGUGGAUUGAAUCGUGAUUUUGUGAACUCCAUGGCUAGACCUCAAGGUUUAGAAAUGCAAGAGCAGAUUUCCCAGCUACAACGUGGUGGUUUCUCAUCCAGUGUUUAUUCUCAGCAUACAAACCACCCUUUGGUUCCAAGUCAGUUCCAUGUUUCGCGCGAUACAACAGAGGGUCAUUGGCCUAAGAAUAAUAAUGAUCAAAUGGAGUACAGGAGGGAAUUGGAUGCUACAUGGAGUACUGAAGACUCUAGUUUUUGGAUGUCCUCUGGAGCAAAUGACGACAGUUCUAAGCGCUUGCUGAUGGAGCUACUACGCCAGAAGCCCGGUCACCCGUCGAGUGAACAGUUCGAUGAUAGUAACGGAAUAGCGCAUGCGAGGAGGCCAUCUUCAAGCCAUUAUUCUGGGGCAAGCAUGGCAAACCAGUCAUUUAAUGUUCUUUCAGAUCAAGAAUCUGGUUUUGACGCCUCAUUCACCAUUGGGUCUUAUCGGUCUGAUUCUGGCAGACCAACACAGAAUAGACCACCUGAGGGGAGAACCAAUGAUCGCGAAAUUGAUGAAAGCUCUCAGGUAAGCCAUGACAGUUUUAUCAUGCAUAGCAAGGCAGACAAAGAAGUACCUCUCUCAAAUGUGGAAGAAAGAAACAGAGUUCUCAUCAAUGAUGGUAAAAUUCAGGGAACAAUUUCAGAAGCUCAGGAAGGCGUAGUUGAGCAUGCUGGCUUGAUAUCUAUGGACCAAGGUGAAAUACCAGCUAAUGCCCUUGCCCUUCACAAGCCACUUAGCUCCACUGGUUUUCACAAUGAGAAGAUUGGAGCAGGCGGGUCCUUGUUGGAGGACGCUACUAAGGAUAGGUUGCGAUCUAGGAACGCAAAAGGAGCAGAAAAUGUGUUGCAAUCUUGGAAUGCAAAAGGAGCAGAAAAUGUGUUGAUGAGACGUCCAAGAGCUGUAUCUUCUGAGGAAAGGUUGUCGGAGGUGAAUGGUGAUGCAGCUGUUUCAGGCAGAGGAAAAAAUGUUGUGAAUGGUGGAAGAAGGGACGAUGUUGUGGGGUUCCGGCGGACAUCAUCGUGUAAUGAUGCUACAGCUACAGAUACGAUGGAGACUGUGACGUCCUUCAGUGAUAUGCUGAAGAAGCCUCCUCUGCCUGAGUUGUCCGAUGGUGGGACCUCAGCUGCUGGGGGGGCCCAAAAAAACAAAAAAAGGGGGAAGAAAGGUAGGCAAAUCGACCCAGCUCUUCUUGGUUUCAAGGUCACCAGCAAUCGGAUCAUGAUGGGCGAGAUACAACGUAUAGAUGAAUGA